AUGAGUCUAUGCGUCAGACACAACGAUUUGAAAAGCGAAGGACGAGGGAUGCCUAUAUCGGGGAGGGCUGUAGCAGUACAAAAAAGUGAUCCUGUGUCAACAUCUAGGUCUACAAAUUUCAAAAGAUCUCUUUGGCAGAAGAAGCGCUUUGGCCGAGAUGAACCUGAAAAGAAAGUAGAAGAGAGGAAGAGCAGCGAUGAAAAAACAGAGCCGAAAAGCAGUAGCAAAGAAAAUAAAGAGAAAAAGGAGAAGGAGCCUAUCAAAGGUGUAAACAAAGUCACUAAAGAAGAGAUUAAAGUCGCAAAAGUUGAUGAAAACUUGAAGAAAACGAAGGAAAAAGCUACAAAAACAGAUCACGCAAUAGAGCAGACGCAGAUAGUAGAGUUGAAACCUACCGCCAGCGUAACAGCUGUGGAUGAAGGAAACACGCAAAUGGAAGUAUCAAAACCAAGCUCUAGCAGUAAGUGAC